CAUGUGGAGGAAAAUAGAACAACUUUCUUCUUAAAUCCUUGUUACAUUAUCUUCUUCUACACCAAAUAAACUUCCCCCUCAAAUUGAAAAAAAAAAAAAACUAUCUAUCUAUCCUCUAAGAUGGAAAAAGAACCAACAUGGCAUGAACUUUUAGGAAGCAAAGAUUGGGAUGGCCUUCUUCAACCUCUAAAUCUCCCUCUCCGGCGUCUAAUUCUCCGGUGCGGUGACUUUUGUCAAGCUACUUACGAUGCUUUCAACAAUGACCAAAAUUCCAAGUAUUGUGGCACGAGUCGUUAUGGUAAAAGUUCAUUUUUCAACAAAGUCAUGCUAGAAUCCUCUACCGAUUAUAAAAUCUAUUGCUUCCUCUAUGCUACUGCUAAAAUAGGCGCACUUGAAGCCAUUUUCCUCCACUCUCUGUCUCGCGAAUCGUGGGACAGAGAGUCUAAUUGGAUUGGCUAUAUAGCCAUUACGACUGAUGAAGUCAGUCGUAAACUAGGACGUAGGGAAGUGUACGUUGUGUUUCGUGGCACAGCUAGGAGUUAUGAAUGGAUCAAUGUUUUAGGUGCUCGUCCUGAUUCAGCUGACCCUCUGCUUCAUCCUAAGUCUCUCCAAAAAGGCGUUAACAACAAGAACGAUGAGGGUGAGGAUGAGGAUGAGGACGAGGACGAGGUCAAAGUAAUGGACGGGUGGCUUAAGAUUUACGUCUCAAGUAACCCGAAAUCACCCUUCACAAGACUAAGUGCAAGAGAACAACUUCAAGCAAAGAUUCAAAAGUUAAGAAAUGAGUAUAAAGAUGAGAAUUUGAGUAUAACUUUUACUGGGCAUAGUCUUGGUGCUAGCCUAGCUGUUUUAGCAUCAUUUGAUGUGGUUGAAAAUGGUGUCCCAGCUGAUAUUCCAGUAUCUGCAAUUGUAUUUGGUAGUCCACAAGUUGGGAACAAGGCAUUCAAUGAAAGAAUCAAGAAAUUCCCAAACUUGAAUAUCUUACAUGUUAAGAACAAGAUUGAUCUCAUUCCCCUUUACCCAAGUGCUCUAUUUGGGUAUGUGAAUUCAGGUAUAGAUCUAGUCAUCGAUAGCAGAAAGUCUCCGAGUUUAAAGGAUUCAAAAGUCGCGGGAGAUUGGCACAACUUGCAGGGGAUGUUACAUGUUGUGGCAGGAUGGAACGGGGAAGAUAAGAAGUUUGAGUUGAAAGUGAAGAGGAGUGUAGCUUUGGUGAACAAGUCAUCUUCAUUGUUGAAAGAUGAGUACUUGAUUCCAGGGUCGUGGUGGAUUGAGAAGAAUAAAGGAAUGGUUAUUGAUAAAAAUGGAGAGUGGAUUUUGGCACCACCUUCAGAAGAAGACCUUCCAGUCCCUGAGUAUUGAAUUUUUGGGAAUGGAGAGUUUGUUCACUUUGAAAUUAUUUUUGUUUGUUGAUAUUGCUUUGGUCUUGUCAAAUGUGAAUGUAUACAAUGUGUCUAGCAAAACAUUGUUUAUAUAUUUUCACCAAUCUAGUAUUUGUACUAGUGUUGGAAGCACUACAAGAUUGAUUCUCGUAAUAAUAAAAUAAUAAAGUUGUGUUUGUGUGAUC